UCGCUUCAUGAUAUAAAUUGAUGGACUGGAGUGGUGCGGACUACAUGUGGGUUAUUAUGAGGUUUUUAUCAGCUGUUUGGAUUCUCAUUCUGACGGCACCCAUUCACUGCAGAGGAUCCACUGGUGAGCAAGUGAUUUUGGGUGAACUAUUCCUUUAAGAAAAUAAAGCCUGCUUUAUUAUUUAUUUUUUGAUAUUAUGACAUUUUUAUGGCAAUUAAGCAAAUUUACUCUUCAAAAUCAAAUUACUGUAUUUUUUUUUUUUUUGCAUUAGGUUUAACCUAAACUUGAUACAUUUAAUAUUAAAAUGAUUUAAUAUUUAUAUUGCACUAAAGUAAUGAGUAUCAAAUGAGUAUGAGUGCAGUGAAAAGCAAACCUUCUAAAUCAAUUACAGAGAAUUUUUAGGGGAGAGACAAUUCAUGCAUACUGUCACAAUGAAACAAAUCAUAAAAAUCCUACAAAUAGACUUCAUUAGGCUUCAUUGUCUUUAUGCAAAUUUUCAUUUUGGAGGUGAAAUAUGAUCUAGACAGUUUUCUGUGAUAUUCACCCUAAUGUGCAAAGAUUCAGUCUUUAAAUACAGAUUAUAAAGAGGGAAAAUGAUCCCUCCUAAAAACAGGAAUGUUGCGGGUAUAAUGUCUUCUAUCAAACUAUUAUCUAUUUUGAGAUCAUCAGCUAUUUUUUUUCUCAUGCUUUCUUGCAAAAGCUGAUCGGUUGUGAGAGGUUUCUGAAAGGGCUGAUUUAUUGGGGUUUUGAGGUCUGAAAUGUGGCCAAGAUAAACAUGUAAGGUGUGAUUUCAUAGGAAGUGAUAUGAUUUAUCAAUACCAAAGGACUGGUGGCCAUUCCAUAUGCUGUGUGUGGAGUGAUUAUGACCUCAGGGUUUGGAUAUGUAACUGUGACACAGCUUUGAUAUACUGUACAGUAAAGGAUGAGAAAGACAAGAUUAUUGUUCAUGAUAAGUUGUGGUGUUACAUUGUGUUUCUGUGCAAAUGACAGACAUUGAAAACUGUUUAAAUUCAACAACACGUGAAGACAUGUCAUGAAAGCAAUGUUUGCAUCUGCUGUACAUACGUAACUCAUCUUCAUUGUUCAUAUCUAAAAGUGAGGCCUAGAAUCACCUCAUAUUAGACUAAAUACAUAUGGGCUCAGUAUAACGUGGUCUGAUUCAUGUAAAUGUUUAAAUAAUGUACAGCAUCUUUAUAAAAAAAUAGCUGAGUGGUCUCAGAAGAAAGAAUAGAAAUAUGUAUAUUUGUUCUGUUAUUUUUCUAAAUAAUUAUUUAAGCAUGGCGGGAAAAUAUUUCAAGUCAGUGCAAAGAAAAUAAAAUCAUAUCCUGGUGUUCUGGUCAUGUAACACUUUAUGCAAAAUCAAAUCAAAUGAGUUUUAAAAUUUGUAUCAAAAAUCUCAAGGGAGUUUUUUAAUUGUUUUUUUUUUUAAUAAGGGUUUCCUUAACAAUCCACUUUUACUUUAAAUUAACCUUUUUCCCUUUAAUCAAAAUCUUGCGACUUCUGCUUCAGAAUAAUGAUGUUAUUGAAAUAUGUGAAUUAUUCCUUAAUUGGCAUUUCUAUAUUUAACAUCAGCUCGGUUUAAUUUUUAUUUAAUUAAGAUCAUUUUCUGCUGAGUUUUGCAGAGAAACCAGCAGUGUGACAAAACCGAGAGCGCACAGAUAAGAGCAAUGUUUGACUAAUUUCAUUAUGUUAAGAUGACUUGGAGCUAAAAGAUUUUUAAAAUACAAUGACUGUGACCAUGACAUUUAUUAUCCCAGCUCAAGUUGUCUAAAGUCUUAUCCCGGCCUGUCACGCCUACAGCAUUGUCUAGAUGAUAAAACCUAUGGCUUGUCACACAGAACAAAAUGUAGACUACUUUAAUGGCUUACAGUAAAGAAAUAUGCCAGUCUAAGCAGCAUUUGUUCUGCUGAGUUAAGCAGAACACUGCUGUAUCAUUUCAUGAUUGCUCAGCGAUGUGUAAAGUACUCAGUACCGUAGAGACCCGAGGAGGUAUUUUAGGCAGUAGCAGACAUAUGAAGGAGCAGAUAAAUGUAUUGCAAACCACUGAAGCAGUGGUGAAAGUGGAUAAUAAAUUUCUGACAGGUGAAAUAUACAGUAUUAGGAUUCUUUAACAUGCAGGCCUUACGGUUUCUACGAUCUGCCACCAGGUGUCACCAACGAGUCAUUUCCAAUAAAACACAUCACUAAUUGGAAGCAAAACAUUUGCUUAGAUGGUAAUAUAAAAGUUCCUGUACUUAUAAUGAAUGCACAUUUUAAUAUAUUAAUGUUAUAACGCAGAAAGUUACAUAACUGUUUGUUCUUGUUGAAAUGCAAUAGUUGAGGCUUGAGCAGUAAAGUUAUUACAUGGGCUCCAGUGCAUUAUGGAAAACCAACAACUAUGUGCUACUCUAGAGCUUUUCAAGCUGAUGAAAAACAUACCUGGUUCUUCUGUUAUAAAUAAGGAAAGAGUGAAUAAAUAAGGUGGUUUUAUCUCUCUAGUCCAGUAUAUGCUAGUCAGGUCAGGAUAAAACGGGUGUGGUGUGUGUUUCUGAGAUAAGCUUAGAGAGCACAUUUGGAGUCCGCUUUAAUAUGUAUAGCUCUGACCGUUCAAGAUACUUCCUGAGGGAAUGAAGUUGAUUUUGGAAGCUCAUUCAGUUUCACUGAUAAAACUGGAAGGAAAUGCAGCUGAAAACAAUGAAUCAAUCACAGCAGAGUGUCCAUUUCCUGUUUUGAGUGGCACAGUUGUCUUGUCCUCGGCAUCCAUACUGAAGAAUAGCUUCUCAGACAAUUCAGAAGCGUUUGUGGAGUGUGCUAAAGGAUAUACGAGAGAUAAAGGUCCGACUUCAAUCUCCUGUGUGAACGGGGUCUGGAGUCCAGUUGAAUUAAUCUGCAAAAAGAUAGAUUGUGGACAACCUAAACUUUUACCACAUAUGACCUACUCCAUCCCUGAUGGAACAUUGUUUGGUGCCUACAUACAACCCAAAUGUGAGACAGGAUAUGAUCUAGAAGGAUCAAGCUACAGGCAAUGUCUUGUUACUGGCUGGAGUGGAAAAGCUGAAUGUAUAUUGACAGAAUGCGAAUAUCCAGAUCCAAUUGAGAAUGGCAAGAUGGUUGCACCCAGGCAACCUGUGUUUAAUGAUGUCAUUACAUAUUCCUGCGACGAUAACUACACCCUCGUUGGCAACAGCUCCAUUACAUGUGGUGAAUAUGGGGAAUAUAGUUCACCGCGUCCGAAAUGCAUAGCUAUUGAAUGUUCAGUUCCUGAAGUUAGAUUUGGUAACCGGACUGAAGGAAAUCCUCCAUUCUUUUAUAAAAGUGAAGCCACAUUUGAAUGCUGGCCAGGUUACAGCAUGAAAGGUUUAGCUACAUCAGUGUGUGAAAAGAGUGGCUGGUCUGCCCUUCCUGUCUGUGAUGAAGUCAUCAUAACACCAACAAAAGCAAGCACUACCACAAACAUAGCCACAACAACAGACAUGACAACAGCCUCCACCCGAUCACAUGGAGGACUUGGAGCCAAACUGUUCAUUAUAACACCAACAAAAUCAAGCACUACCACAAACAAAGCCACAACAGACAUGACAACAGCCUCCACCCGAUCACAUGGAGGACUUGGAGCCAACCUGUCUGCAGGUGCCUCAACAGUUGGUAUAAUCGCUGCCUCUGCAGGUGCCUCAACAGUUGGUAUAAUCACUGCCUGUGCGUCAGCAGGUGUUAUAAUCGCUGCCUUCGUGUUUUUUGUUCGUCAUUUAAAACGCACAGGGGCAAACAAUCGGACGGCUCCUUUGCUUUAGUGUUAUUCCUGCACAUGGAUUCAUUCAAAUGUUUUUUUUUUUUUUUUUUUUGUAUUUUAUAAACUAGAUAUUGUAUGUUUUAUUUAUUUUUAUAACCGCUACAAAAUGGCUUUUAGAAAUAUAUUACUGCAUAUGGAUAUUUUUGUAUAUUUGAAUAAAGAGUGUUUUUUUAAGGGUGUAGUUCUUUUCCCCCAGGAUGACUGAAUCCUGACCUCUAAAUUUCCCCAUCUUGUUACCAAGAAUCCACCCAAAAGAAUCUCUUCCACAUGUUUCCACUCGUGUGUUUAAACCUUUUAAAAGUGCAGUUUUAGGGAGACGUUGUGAAGUGAGAUGUGUACAGUGUACCACAGCCGAGUCAGAUGUUCUGUGAUCAUAUGGUGACAGGAAACCUGAUCCUGAAUUAGCAAACGUUUCUAAUGAGAGUUGUAAUAGUCCCCCCCUCCUUCCCACUUUCAAAAGUAUUCAUUUUACAUAAGCAGUAGACCACACAGCAAUGUGGUUACCAGGACAAUGGCAGAGAUACUUGCUGCUAUUCAAGCCGAAUACUUCCAGCAACUGGAGAAUCAUUUAGACAGUGUGCUUUAUACAGAGACCUUGGCCAAACCCAUGAAAGCAAAGAGAAAC